UUUGUCAUCAUGGAUACUCAAUUUUUUACAAGCAGCACAAGGUACGAUUUGAAUUUUAUAGAAUUAGUAUGAGUUCAUCAUCUUCCUCAAGUUCGAGGAAGGGAUCUCAAGAAUGUUUUAGUGAUUUCGGAAUUGAAAAAAAAUCUAGGAAAAGUAAAAAGAGUGCAAAUCGAAGUUGUUCCUUUGGUUUAGGCUCAGUGACUGAAGUGUCUGAAGAUAUUGAAGAUUAUUUAGUAUGACAUGUUUUAAUUUGAUUAUAGAUGAGUCGUUUGCCACACAUCUAGAUGCCAAAUGAUAAUAAUGAAUUUAGAGAACGCAUUCCACCAAGAUUAAAAAGGACUGAAAAAUAUUAAAAAAGAAGGGCUUCCUUGAGUCCUCAUGGAACAAAUGGAUUAGCGAAGGUAGAAGAGGUGAUCGGAGAAGAUGAUGAAUUAAAAAACAAAUGCAUUUUUAAACUUGGUUUAAUGUUAGACAAAGAUGAAUUCAAUGAUAAAAGAGGAAGAUUCUUAUAGUCUAAAGAUAGAAUUAAUGUUGAAAAAGCAACGACUUCAAAUUUAACUAUUUUAGAAGAUGCUUAAGAAAAUGUCAAAGAAUUGCAACAACACGUCAUGAGUCCCACUUAUAAACUAAAGGUUGAUGAAGUUGAUUUCGAAUAAGAAAAAAAACAAUGGCAACCUUAAGAAAUCAUAGAAGUUAUCGAAGAGGAAAAGCCAGAUAAUGUAGUCAAUAUUAAAGAAAAAGAGAUGUUUUAAAAAAGUAUACACAUUAUAAAUAUAGUAGUAAAAAAGAUUUUACAUGAGGAAAGAGAUUUCUUAAAAAGAAUCUUAAAAGGGGAAUUAAUUCACUAAGAAGAUAUUAUAAAAAAAUAAUAAUUCCAAUCGGAAGUAGGUGAAACUAAUUGGAAUUAAUUAAUUUAAGAAGCAGAGGAAUAAGUCAACAGUGACGAAGAUUAAUAAUGAUUUGUUAAUUAGUUAUAUAUUUC